CUGACCUGCGCACUGAAGGUUUCGGCCGCCAUAGAGCCGGGCUGGUAUUUUCCAACAGAUUUUUUUUGAUAUUAAAAAUUGUUUCAUGGUCGAAGGUCCUGCUGCCUCUCACUUGAAGGGGGUCAGAUCAACCCGAAUCACUGGCCGUGGAUCCCGUCUAAUCGAGAGGUUUAAUUGUAGCUCGGUCUUUUAUCGGAACUUCCACUCCCCCUUUUCUUUUUCUCUCCUCCCCUGUAAGUGAGUCCUAUGUGAAAGAAAUCAUCCGCCAACAUGUCAAACCUGGGCAAAGCUGGGACGAAGAAAGACACCAAGAUGAGGAUACGAGCGUUUCCCAUGACUAUGGAUGAGAAAUAUGUAAAUAGCAUCUGGGAUUUACUAAAGAAUGCCAUCCAAGAGAUUCAGCGCAAAAAUAAUAGUGGGCUCAGCUUUGAGGAACUUUACAGAAAUGCAUAUACAAUGGUGUUACAUAAGCAUGGUGAGAAACUGUAUACUGGACUGAGAGAAGUUGUAACUGAACAUCUGAUCAAUAAGGUACGGGAAGAUGUAUUGAACUCGUUAAAUAAUAACUUUCUACAGACCUUAAAUCAAGCAUGGAAUGACCAUCAGACUGCAAUGGUGAUGAUAAGAGACAUCCUCAUGUAUAUGGAUCGUGUGUAUGUACAACAGAAUAACGUAGAGAAUGUUUACAACUUGGGGUUGAUCAUUUUCAGAGAUCAGGUAGUGCGCUACGGUUGCAUUCGAGACCACUUACGCCAGACUCUUCUGGAUAUGAUUGCAAGGGAGAGGAAAGGAGAGGUAGUAGACAGAGGUGCAAUUCGGAAUGCCUGUCAGAUGCUAAUGAUUCUCGGCUUAGAAGGUCGAUCAGUGUAUGAGGAAGAUUUUGAGGCUCCGUUUUUAGAAAUGUCUGCUGAAUUCUUCCAGAUGGAAAGUCAGAAGUUCUUAGCAGAGAAUAGUGCAUCUGUGUACAUUAAGAAAGUGGAAGCACGGAUUAACGAAGAAAUUGAACGAGUCAUGCACUGUCUUGAUAAAUCCACAGAAGAACCAAUUGUGAAGGUGGUGGAAAGGGAACUAAUCUCUAAACACAUGAAGACUAUUGUAGAAAUGGAAAACUCUGGCUUAGUCCACAUGUUAAAAAAUGGAAAAACAGAAGACUUAGCAUGCAUGUACAAGCUCUUCAGUCGUGUGCCAAAUGGACUGAAAACCAUGUGUGAAUGUAUGAGUUCCUACCUGAGAGAACAGGGCAAAGCACUCGUGUCUGAAGAAGGUGAAGGCAAGAACCCAGUGGACUACAUUCAGGGUCUCCUUGAUCUGAAAGGCAGAUUUGAUCGCUUCCUUCAAGAUUCAUUCAACAAUGAUCGUCUUUUUAAACAGACCAUAGCUGGUGACUUUGAAUACUUUCUUAACCUCAACUCCAGAUCCCCAGAGUAUUUGUCAUUAUUUAUUGAUGACAAACUUAAGAAGGGAGUAAAAGGCUUGACAGAACAAGAAGUUGAGACAAUCUUGGACAAAGCCAUGGUACUGUUCCGAUUUAUGCAGGAGAAAGAUGUGUUUGAGCGAUACUACAAGCAACACCUGGCGAGAAGGCUUCUCACUAACAAAAGUGUUUCUGAUGACUCGGAGAAAAAUAUGAUCUCAAAACUUAAGACGGAGUGUGGCUGCCAGUUCACAUCUAAACUGGAAGGAAUGUUCAGGGACAUGAGUAUCUCAAAUACAACGAUGGAUGAGUUUCGACAACACUUACAAACUACUGGGGUUUCUCUAGGAGGUGUCGACUUAACAGUAAGAGUUUUGACUACAGGGUAUUGGCCUACUCAGUCUGCUACACCAAAAUGUAAUAUCCCCCCUGCACCGCGACACGCCUUUGAAGUCUUUAGAAGAUUCUACUUGGCAAAGCACAGUGGUCGACAGCUCACGCUCCAACACCACAUGGGUUCAGCCGAUCUGAAUGCUACUUUUUACGGACCUGUGAAAAAGGAAGAUGGUUCUGAGGUUGGAGUAGGUGGAGCUCAAGUAACUGGCUCGAAUACCAGAAAGCACAUAUUACAAGUAUCAACUUUCCAAAUGACUAUAUUAAUGCUCUUUAACAAUAGAGAAAAAUACACAUUUGAGGAAAUUCAGCAGGAGACAGAUAUUCCUGAACGAGAAUUGAUCAGGGCGCUUCAGUCAUUAGCAUGUGGAAAACCAACGCAACGAGUCCUUAGCAAAGAACCCAAGUCGAAAGAAAUUGAGCCUGGCCAUGUUUUUAUAGUGAACGAUCAGUUCACAUCAAAGUUGCACAGAGUCAAGAUUCAAACAGUUGCUGCCAAACAAGGAGAGUCUGACCCAGAACGAAAAGAAACACGCCAGAAAGUAGAUGAUGACAGAAAGCAUGAAAUUGAAGCUGCCAUUGUCCGCAUCAUGAAAUCAAGGAAGAAGAUGCAGCAUAAUGUUCUUGUAGCAGAGGUGACCCAGCAACUGAAGGCUCGCUUCUUACCAAGCCCCGUGGUAAUUAAAAAAAGAAUUGAGGGACUUAUCGAGAGAGAAUACUUGGCACGAACACCUGAGGAUCGCAAAGUAUACACUUAUGUAGCGUAAGAUGCAUUCAACAGGUUUAUCUGUUUUUAAAAUGCAUUCAACAGGUUUAUCUGUUCUGGACUGUAUAAUCGCAUGAACUGGGAGGUUCAUUUUAAAAAUAUUAAGAAGACCUUCUCCAAAUAAAUUGCAGUAAGUGUACUAGAUUAUUCAGAUCAAGCCCUCAUUCCCUGUGAUAAUUUUGAACAAAAAUGGACCCAACUUCUGGUUGCUCACUGUUUUACCCAUGUAGAGAUCAUCUUUAACAGUUCCUCGGGAAAAUGUGAAUGUGUUUUCAUUUUGUUUUCAGUACUGUAAAAAAAUAAAAUAAAAUCUAGAAAACGUGAAAUACCAUCAAUAAAAAUAAAGUAACUGUUCGAA